AUGACAUUCAAUAUCAUUAUAGUCGGAGGCGGCAUCGCCGGCCUAGCAGCCGCAAUAGCGCUCCGCUCCGACCGCCACACCAUAACCGUUCUCGAACAAUCCUCCCAGUCGCGCGAAAUCGGCGCCACCAUCUCCCUCCAACCCAACGCCAGCAAGAUUGUCGAACAGCGAUGGGGUCUAGCAGACCGUCUCCGCGAGCAGGGCUCAAUGGCUGACUCCGCGUUCGAAGUAUACAAUCUCCGUGGCGAACUGCAGACACGCAUUCCCCUGGUGACAUCCAAGUAUGGCGCAGAUAGGAUGAUGUACCACCGGGUGGAUCUGCAUCAGGUGCUGAAGCAUCGGGCUACCUCGGAUGAGUAUCCGGGGCGGGCUGCUACGUUACGGGUGUCGAGUCGGGUAAAGGGGUGUAAUUGUGAGGAUGGGGUGGUUGAGUUAGAAGACGGGGAAAUACUAAAAGGGGACUUGAUCAUCGGUGCAGAUGGAAUCAAGAGCGUUAUAAGGGGCGCUGUACUGGGGAGAGAAGUGCCCGGUCAGACGACAGGAUUGAGUGCGUAUCGCAUGAUGGUAGAUACGGAUGAGUUGGUUGCUGAGAAGGGCUUCGUGGAUGUGAUCGAUCCACGGGUUGCGAGGACAACGAUGGUCGUUGGUCCUGAUCGACGACUUAUUAUGGGUCCGGCGAGGAAUGCAUCGGUGUAUAGUAUUGUUGCGCUGGUGCCGGAUGAGAAGAGGGAUGAGGAGUCCACGAGUUGGAUGACGGCAGGCGAUAAAGGGAAGAUGCUUGCUACGUUUGCGGACUUUUCGGAAUGGGCAACGACGCCGUUGCGGUUGGCGGCGAGGAAAGAGGAGGAUAUUGGUCUUUGGCAGCUGAGAGAUCUGGAUCCGUUGGAGACGUGGUGUCGGGGCAGGGCCAUUUUAAUUGGGGAUGCUGCGCAUGCGAUGCUGCCGACGCAGGGACAGGGUGGGAGUCAGGCGGUGGAGGAUGCUGAGGCGUUGGGGGCUUUCUUCGAGGGGUUCGAAGGGGGUGAAGCCAGGGAGGAGGUGGAGAGAGUGUGUCGCGAGGUUUUUGAGUGUCGAUAUAAGAGAGCGAGCACAAUUCAGGCGUAUAGUCGCCAGGCGGGAAGGCCAGUGGAGGAAGAUGUGAGGGUUGCGAUGAAUCCGGCAGAGUUCAUGGAUUAUAAUUGUUUGUAUGAGGGGGCGAUGGCCUGGAGGAGGCAGCAGGAGGCAGUAGUUGCAUGA